AUGCUGCCGCUGCUGCUUCCCCUGCUGUGGGCAGGGGCCCUGGCUCUGGAGGGCAUAUUCCAGCUGGAGGUGCCAGAGUCGGUGACGGUGCAGGAGGGUCUGUGCGUCUUCGUGCCCUGCACUUUCUUCUACCUGAGGCACACCUUCAUCAAGAUUAACCUUGCUCGUGGCUACUGGUUCCGGGAAGGAGACAAUCCUCUACGGGAUGCUCCAGUGGCCACAAAUGACCCUGCUCGACAAGUGCGGGAGGAGACGCGGGGUCGAUUCCGCCUCCUGGGUAAUCCCAGGGAGAAAAACUGCUCCCUGAGCAUCAGAGACGCCAGGAGGAGGGACAGUGGUUCGUACUUCUUUCGUGUGGAGGAAACAAUGAUGAAAUAUAAUUACAAAGAUUCCCCGCUUUCUGUGCAUGUGACGGCCUUGACACACAGGCCCGACAUCCUCAUCCCGGGGGCCCUGAAGUCUGGCCGCCCCAGGAACCUGAUCUGCUCUGUGCCCUGGGCCUGUGAGCAGGGGACACCCCCCAUCUUCUCCUGGAUUGGGACCUCUGUGUCCCCACUGAGCCCCACCACAGCCCUCUCCUCAGUGGUCACCCUUAUCCCACAGCCCCAGGACCAGGGCAGCAGACUCACCUGUCAGGUGACCUUGCCCAGGGCCGGUGUAACCACGACCAGGACCGUCCAACUCAAUGUAUCCUACCCUCCUCAGAACUUGACCUUGACUGUCUUCCAAGGAGACGGCACAGCAUCCACAACCCUGAGAAAUGGAUCAUCUCUUCAGGUCCUGGAAGGACAGUCCCUGCGCCUGAUCUGUGCUGUUGAUAGCAAUCCUCCCGCCAGGCUGAGCUGGGCCCAGGAUAACCUGAUCCUGAGCCCCUCACAGCCCAACCCCGGGAUGUUGGAGCUGCCUCAAAUGAACCUCAGGAAUGAAGGAGAAUUCACCUGCCGAGCUCGGAACCCUCUGGGUUCCCAGCAAGUCUCCCUGAGGCUCUUUGUGCAGAGGAAAUCAGGGCCCAUGACAGAGGUGGUUCUGGUGGCCAUCGGGGAGGCCACUGUGAAGAUCCUGCUUCUCUUCCUCUGCCUCAUCAUCCUCAGGGUGAAGUCCCACCGGAGGAAGGCAGCAAAGGCAGCUACAGGUGUAGAGGCUGCAAAGGUUGUCAAAGGUUAA